AUGGUCCACGCCAGUGAGUUCCUCCCGACCUACCAAACGUGGGCUCAGCGUGAGUUCCUCCUGCCCAGUCAGUCCUGGGAGUUGCCUGGCUUCACCCGGCAAGCCUACCACCGGCUGGCCCUGAAGCUGCCACCCUGUACAGAAGUGAAGUCCAAGAUGCGCCACCGGCUGAUCCACCCUUGGAAGGAUGCAGGCCAGCACACCUGGGGCUUUCACACGUGGCUCGAUGUGGGGCGUUUGCCUGCCACCUUCCCCACCCGGCCCGACCAGCCCUACGAUAGCAAUGUCUGGCGCUGGCUGACCAACACCAAUGCCCACAGUUGCUGCCCAGCAGAGCCGCCCAUACCCCCGCCCUCCUGGAUGGGGCAAAACAGCUUCCUGAACUUCAUCCACUGCAGUCCCAUCUUCUUGGACGUGAACAGGAAGAACCAGGUGAUCUUCAGAACAGCGAAGCAGCUGGAGGAGAUGCAGAAGCUCAAGCUGAGGAGUGAGGUGCGGGCACCUCCCCUGGACGCCCACGGCAACAUCCUGCCCCCAGCCAACGUCAGGAAGUACCGGCACAUUUCUGCUGGGGGAAGGUUUGAACCCCUUGGCCUCCAGCUCAUGCCCAACACACUUCCCAAUGAUCUCGCCAGGAGCUGGCCCUGCCCAAACCCCAAGCCUCACUACCAGGAGAAGGUGCUAAAGCUGGCUCUGCUGCCCAGUGCGCCCCUGAGCCAGGACCUCGUGAGGGAUUACCAAGCCCUCAUAGUGGACCGAGUUGCCUUACCCCUCUGCCAUCUCUCCAAGGCACGACUUGGCAAAACCUCAGCAAGGAACAGGAAGAGAAGACCUGGACCCAUCUAG